CUGAUUGAGCCGCUGUUGUCGCUGUGAAGCAGGACAGCUCUUCACCUCCACUCUCCAUCAACUCCACCACUCCACCACAGCACGAGAGACUGCUUUACCUGCAAAUGGCCCCCCAGUGGCUGAGCUGCAGUACUGCAGUAUUGCUGCUUUUGGUUCACGUCGCUCCGGUCGUCACGCAGUCCUGCACCGGGGGAACUCCAGGGAUUCCUGGGAUACCAGGAACCCACGGACCUGAUGGCAAACACGGUGUGAAGGGAGAGAAGGGAGACCCUGGUGAGUCAAGUCAGCCUGUCAGGGGCCAGAAGGGGAUGACAGGUCCACGGGGCCCCCCAGGACGACCUGGGAUGAAGGGGGACCUGGGUCUGCCGGGACCUCCUGGCCUUCCGGGCCAACCAGGGGAGAAGGGAAGGGCCUUCAACCCUUCCAACCAGCAGAAAUCCUUCUUCUCCUACAAACGGAUGAUACCGCAAGUCCCAGAGUCCGACACUGCCAUCGAGUUCAACAGUCCGAUUUUGCCGGACCUGGAUCCACUGCUUCAAGGAGUAUCGCUGAUAGAUAAAAGUUUCGUGUGUGUCAUCAAAGGAGUCUAUUUCUUCAGUUACCACAUGUCAGCGAAGAGCAAGGUGUGUCUGAAGCUGGUGAAGGGAAGUGAAGCUCACAUGACGUUCUGUGACGCAUCUGAGGGUUUCCUGGUCACCUCCGGCUCGGCGGUCCUGGAGCUGGAGGUCGGAGACACGGUAUCGCUGCAGGCGUCCAGGUUCAACAACAUCGUGACGAGCAUGGGCAGCACCAGCCACACCUUCACCGGCUUCCUCAUCUUCCCGACCAGCUAGAGCUCCAGCCUCUGAUCCAUACAAUCAUUAAUAAAAUCAAAGAUGUUUUGGGACAUUUACGGCAAUUAAAUGAAUAUACUGUAUGUGUUUUCUAUAAUAGUGCAAAGAUCAUCAGAAUUAAUAAAGGCUGGCUCAAUUGUG